AUGGCCGAACAAGACUUUGAGUCGUCCAAGGUCCUGGAUGAUAGCAUCGCCGGCGUCGAAGCCGUCGGCGCUGAGGGCCUCGAAGCCAUCAAAGCUCUCCUCCACAGUCAACAUGGCAAAGGCGAAGCAUCGAGGAUUGGCGUGACAUUUGACAAUCUCUCUGUAUCUGCUGUCGCCGGAACGGAAGUGCCAGUCAAGGCACUCCCGAGAGCUGUUUUAAACACCUUUGGCCCCGACCAGUACAACUUCAUCCGCACACAUGUCCUGAAUCGCUUCCUCGGCAGCAAACACUCGCGAAAUGCUCGAACUUUGCUUUCAGGAUUCACCGGAAUCGCCAAGCCAGGAGAGAUGGUCCUAGUUCUUGGACGUCCAGGCAGUGGGUGCUCGACCUUUCUACGGACGAUAGCCAACGUUUCCACCCUCUCGCAGACGGGCGACGUGCAUUAUGCCGGUGUGCCUGCGCCAGACUUCCGACAGAAGCACCCUCGCGAGACGAUUUAUCUGCCAGAGGAAGACCGACAUGUGGCUUCUCUCAGCGUUCGACAGGCAAUCACGUUUGCCCUUCGUACUUGCCUUCCCAGUGGCUCUCGCGAUCCGGCGCUGGUGGCCAAUCUGGUCGAUGCGAUCGCGAGGCUUUUCGGUCUGAAGCAUGCGCUUGAUACACCGGCUGGAGGGGCCUUUAGUCCUGGGAUUUCUGGUGGAGAGAGAAAGAGAUUGUCCAUUGCGGAACUUUUCGCAGCGGGAUCCUCAGUCCAGUGUUUCGAUAACUCGACGCGGGGGUUGGACUCGUCAACGGCUCUGGACUUUGUCAAGGCUCUCAGGGUAUUGACAAAUGUCGGGCAAAAGACCAGUCUAGCAACGCUCUACCAGGCUGGAGAAGACAUCUACCGGACAUUUGACCGUGUCAUCGUACUUGAUCAAGGCCAUGAAGCCUUUUUUGGAAGCACCACUGAAGCCUGGGCAUAUUUUGAGAACUUGGGAUUUGUCCCGAUUCCAGGACAGACAACUGCUGAGUUCUUGAUGACUGUCACGGAUCCUGAUCAGCGACGGACGCGGCCUGGAUCACAGGCGGAGAAGAUCAAGUCUCCCGCUGAACUAGCCCAGGCGUUUGGAGAAUCAGACCAGUUCAAGCUGCUCCAAGCGGAAAUCCAAAGCUACCAAACCGAGGUCAAAGCCAAGCAGGCACCCCCUCCAUCUGACACGUACGCCUUGUCCUUCCCCGUUCAGGUGGUCGAGUGCUUCAGAAGAGAAAUACAGCUCGUCAAAGCUCAGCGACACGUCUAUUACACAAAAUGGGUCACAACUAUCAUCUUGUGCCUGGUCUGCGGAAGUGUUUACUUUGACAUUACGAACAAUGCCCAGGGAGCGUUUACGCGAGGUGGCAUUCUGUACUUUGCCCUCAUCAUCAAUGGCUGGCUCCAGUUUCCCGAGCUCUUCGAUGCUCAUACCAAUAGACCUGUGGUCGAGCGACAAGCACAUCUCCAUCUCAGUCGCCCGUCCGCUGUAGCAGUUGCUCGCUUCCUGAUUGACCUGCCUCUAAUUGCCUUUCAGCACGUCAUCUUCAUAAUCAUAUUCUACUUUCUCGCCAGACUCCAAUUGGAUGCAGGCAAAUUCUUCUUCUUUUAUUUGACUCUGUUCAUCUCAACCGUCUGCUUUAGCAACCUGCUGCGGAUGUUUGCAUACUACGUCAGGACUCUGGAUGAUUGCUUCCGAUAUGGCGGCUUCUCCUGCACGGUUCUACUUCUGUUCGCCGGCUUCUUGAUUCCUCCGGGUGAUAUGCGACCGUACUUUGGGUGGCUUCAUCACAUCAACCCUAUGUUUUACGGGUUUGAAAAUCUCUUCGUCAACGAGUUCGCCGGGCUCUCGCUCGACUGCGCCGACAUCCUCGUCCCGCAGGAUGGACAAGCGGGCUUCCAGACGUGUUCAAUCCGCGGCGGAUUGCCCGGUCAAACUACCGUGCCAGGCAUCCAGUAUGCGGAGACAUUCGGCUUCUCUUUCGCGCAUAGGUGGCGUAAUAUUGGUAUCAUGAUCGCCAUCGGCAUCGCGUAUCUUAUCGUUGGAAUCAUCGGCAGCGAGACGCGUAACUUUACUUCGCAGGGCGGGUCGCCACUCGUCGUCCUUGGGAGGGCAUCUCAUGAAAAGGAGAAAACCGACUCAGCGGAUCCUGAAAAAUCCGCGCCAGCUGCCUCGUCCGAUGCGAUUGACAGUUCGACCGGAGAGCUUGCUCUGACGUGGCGCGAUGUCCGCGUGAACAUUGGCGAGAAGCAAGUCCUCCAGGACAUCUCAGGCUACGUCCGUCGAGGCGAGUUAACUGCGCUAUGCGGUGCAAGUGGUGCGGGCAAGACGACUUUACUCACAGCGUUGAGCCAGACCAACUUUGCGGGUGAGCUCCAUGGGGAGGUCCUGGUUGGGAAUAAGCCACCUGGCGCGUCGUACCGCAAGGCUGCGGGCUUUGCUCAACAGAUGGAUCUGCAUGAUGGGACAGCGACCGUGAAGGAGGCGUUUGAGUUUUCGGCGCUCCUGCGUCAGCCAAAAACGUACAGCAAAGCCGAAAAGCUGGCAUAUGCUGACCGUCUUCUUGACCUGCUUGAUCUACGCUCCGUACAAGACGCUCUCAUCGGCGACGAGGGAGCUGGACUGGGGGUGGAAAAGCUGAAGCGAGUAACGAUUGGAGUUGAACUGGCCGCACGACCUCAAGUACUCUUUGCCGACGAGCCGACAUCUGGUCUGGACUCCCAAGGUGCAGCUCGUAUCGUGCACUAUCUCAAGCUGCUUGCGCGCCAGGGACAGGCUAUUGUCGUCACGAUCCAUCAGCCAUCGGCGCUCCUGUUCUCCCAGUUUGAUAACCUCCUCGCGCUUUCUUCUCAGGGACAGCAGCUCUAUUUUGGCAAGGUGGACUCGGCGCUCGAGUACUUCGCCAGCCAUGGAGCGAUCUGCCCUUCCGGCACAAACCCUGCAGAGUUCAUUCUCGAGACAGUCGGCGCGGGUGUCAAUGCGAGAGAGAGCGAUAAAUCAUCCGACUGGGCAGCCAAGUGGGCUUUGUCGCCCGAGUCCGAGCGCUUGCGCAGCGAAAUUGAAGAGAGUAAACAGCGUCCACAACCUGAUGAGGUGGAUGAGGACAUCUCUGAAUAUAAUGCCUCGCUUCUGCUCCAGAUCAAGCUACUCACCACACGAAUGCUGAAGAACCAGUGGCGAAAUACGGCGUACAUGUACUCGAAGAUAUGGGUGCAUGUCAUCAGCGCCAUCUUGGUCGGCUUCACAUUUUACAAGAUCGGGACGAGCCCCCAGGAUUUGCAGAACCGUGCCUUUAGCGUUUAUUUUAUCCUGUUUCUCUGCAACGCUAUUGUGAAUGUGAUUCUUGCGAGGUACUUCUUCGCCAGCCUGUACUGGCAGUUCCGUGAAGGACCAUCUCAUGCUUAUGGCUGGGUCGCGUUUGCCUCGUCCACUGUUCUGGCCGAGAUUCCGGGUGCGAUUUUCGUCACCGUGCUAUAUUAUCUACUCUGGUACUUCCCUAGCGGCCUACCACAUAGCGAAGCGGGAUAUAUCUUCCUCUUUCUUCUUACCUAUGAGAUCUUUCAGGUCCUGCUUGGUCUCUUCAUGAUGGCUGUAAGCCCCGACCUCGGAGUCGCAGGUAACGUGCUCGUCUUCAUCGUCUGCACAUUCAACUGGUUCAACGGCAUCAUUGUCCCCUACGAGCAAAUCCAGGUGUUUUGGCGGUACUGGCUAUACUACCUCUCCCCCUUCACCUACCUCCUCGGCGGCAUGGUAACAGCCGUAAUCGCCGACACAUCCAUCACCUGCUCCCCAGCCGACCUAACAGUCUUCAACCCGCCCUCUGGCGAAUCCUGCGGCUCCUACGCAGCAUCCUGGACAUCCUCCGUGUCAGCCCAGCUCCUCAACCCGAACGCCACGGAGCUGUGCGAGGUGUGUCCUUUCAUGUCGGGGGAGCAGUACCUCGAUCAGUUCCAUUUGGGGCAGGGGCGGCUGGGAGGCAAGUGGGGUGCCUGGGGGAUUUUUGUGCUGUUUACACUGGUGAAUCUGGGGUUGGUUUACUUCUUUACGUGGGCGACCAAGGUGAAGAGGUGGAAGGUUUUCUAUUUCUUCUAGUCAACCGCUAUGGAAUAGGUUGAUGGGAAUGGGUGGAAUGUUAGUAUCAGGAGGAUAUCGUUAGGGAAAUUGUCACCUUGGAACUCCAUUCUAUAUACUCUUGAUCGGAAUCCAUCUAAUAGAUUCACAGGUAGUAUAUGCUUUAUCAAAUAGCGUAAGAUAAUUUGCAGCAGAAUUAUAGAA